UAUUGGGGUGGAAAUCUUGAACGUCUUAGAGCUGCAUAUUAUAUAAUAAUAUAUAUAUUAUUAAUUUCUUUCCCCUUAUUAGUUUAUUUAAUAGUAAUGGUAAUAAGAAAAUAUGAGUUUACUUUUUGGGGAUUUUUAAUAAUUUAUUUGGCUUUUUUUGUUAAGAUACCUAUUUAUUUAUUUCAUAUUUGGCUCCCUAAGGCACAUGUUGAGGCUCCGGUAUAUGGGUCAAUGAUUUUGGCAGGAGUAUUAUUAAAAAUAGGGGGGUAUGGUUUAAUUCGAUUAGUUGAGAUAUUUUCUAUAAAAUAUAUAUAUUCAUGGGUUCUCAUAAGGAUUGUAGGAAGAAUUGUUGUAAGAGUACAUUGUUUGGUUUAGGUUGAUAUGAAAAGUAUAGUAGCUUAUUCUUCUGUAGUUCAUAUGAAUUUAAUAUUAUGUAGAUUAAUAACUUUUUUAAAAGUAGUAUUAAUGGGUGUGUAUUUAAUAAUAGUUGCUCAUGGAUUGUGUUUAUCGGGUAUGUAUUAUCUUGUAAAUUUAUAUUAUGAACGGUCAGGUAGGCGAUUAUUAAUAUUAAAUAAGGGGAUAGUAGGAAAUUUACCUUCAAUUAUAAUAUGGUGAUUUAUAUUUUAUUUGGGUGUAAUGGGAUAUUUAAUAUUAAUUUGUUUUUAUAUGGCGGAUUAUUCAUUAUAUUUAUUUUCUUAUGUGUAUCAUGGGAAAAAUACUUAUUAUGAAGGUAGAUUUAUAUAG